GGAAACAUCGCGCACAAAAUGGCAGACAAGAAGCGGAGUUAGCCAUCAGUCUACUUGAAGAAAAGGAAGGCGCACACUCGCCCCCAAAGAACGACCAUUGGCAGGUGCCCCGCAGUCCCGUCACCAUUGCUUUCUUGUCUUCCAAAUUCCCGAAAUAACUUCUUUACAAAUACCGAAUUCUUCGCCAACUCUUGCGCCUAUCUUUGUUUUUCUCGCACAGUAUUCAAUGUUGGUGAUCUGCUUAGCCAACAUGUGAAACGCCGGCAGGUGACCAUUGGACCAAGUUGGGGGGCCGAAACAACGACCGGCAAUUGGCCGUCAUCCAAACAUACCUGCACCACAUCCCCCGACGGCCCAACCCGCAAACCCUUGCUAACCUCAUCUGAGCACAUCUUGAGCAAUUAUUGUGGGUCAUGAUAGCAUCCACGGCUCCCGAAUGGUCGCCUUGUUCGGUCAAGCAUCAACAUGGGUUGGUGCUCUUCCCCCUCAUCGGGAACGAGGCGCGUGUCUAGUUUCCGAGCGAGCUAUGACUAAAAGACAGAUGACCCCUCACAGUCUAGACCACGGUUUGUCUGCUUUUAUUCUGUCUCUUGUUUACUGUUGAUAUCCCUUGGUUGUAGAUCGGAUCAUCACAAGUUGAAUCUUGAACGCCAUGGCUACUGAUGUGAGAAACGUGGAGGGGAAGCUGGAUGAGAACCUUCUUGCCGCCCUCCCUGAGGGUGGCAAGGUGGUCUCUGUGACCCCGUCUGGGAUGAGUGACUAUUGCAACACCUUUCGGAUCGAGGUCUCCAUGCCGGAUGGAAGCAGUCAGGUAUUUUUUGAGAAGGUUGCUAACCCAGAAACAAAACUGAUGGAAUCCGCCUGGGCCUCCGAAAACACCACCUACGAGUUUAUCCCAGAGCACGUGCCCCGCCCAGUCAAGAAGGGCUCCUACAAAUCCCGUCCAGACAGGCACUUCUUCCUGGCUGAAUUCAUCGAGAUGAUCGAGGAUGAUAUUCCCCGUCCCGAUUCCUACAUGACAGCCAUUGCGGCCUUGCACUCCCGCAGCAUGGGCAAGUCCCCCGACGGCAAGUUUGGGUUUCCCGUCAACACCAGAUUUGGCAACCUGGAGCAGGACAACAGCUGGACGGGCACUUGGGAGGAGUACUGGACACGACAAAUGAAGGACUUUCUCCAGCGUGAAGAUGCCGCCCAUGAUGGGGAGCACCAUGCUGAGCUAGAGAGACUACGGCCUUUAUUCUUCGAAAAGGUUCUUCCUCGGUUUUUGCGACCAUUGGAGAGCGAUGGACGUUCAAUAACGCCUUGUCUUAUUCACGCUGACCUCUGGCCUGGCAACGUCAAGUAUCAGACUGAUGGCGAGACGGUCUGUGUCUACGAUGCCUGUGCCAUGUGGGGGCAUAACGAAGUUGAUCUGGGUGUUUUUCGCAACCCACGGUACCCACUCGGCAAACCGUAUCUGAAGGAGUACUGGAAGCACGUACCUAUUUCGGAACCCGAGGAGGAUGUUGACAGCAGGAAUACACUCUACAUGCUGAGGAACCAGAUUCUACUGUCAACCUUGUAUCCGCACGAUCACAAGCUCCGCGAGAUCGUUGUGAGCAAUAUGAAGCUGCUGGUAGACAAAGUCGAGGCCGAGGAAGCUGCUAAGAGUGGUCCUCAGGCUUCUACUUACCAAUCUCGUCUCUGAGCUAAUGUAGCGUGUCAAUGGGCAGUAGAGAGAGGUCGUGUGGAAGCUAAUGGUGCUGACUAGGAGUAAGGGUACAUAUCUUUGAUCAAGGCAACUCCACAUUUUGUCUAGGGUGGAGUAUUUAUGAACAUCUACUUCAGUUUCAACAAUACAUCAUGAACGUAAUGUUCCGUUGCCCAGAAAAUGCCAUCUCUCCUCAAAUCCCCGCAUCAG